CAACCCAACCCCCCACCCCGCCCCUCCGCCCUCCCGAUCGAUCGUCCAGCAGGGUUUCCGCCGCCUCCGGUCGCCCCCGCCGCCGAGGCGGCAACCUCCUCCCCCCGCCGGCACCCAGGGUCCGCGGGGGACGUUCGCGCCACGAUGGACGCUUUCGGGACCGCGCCGAUGGGGUACGGCCGCGCGUGGCCGCUCGUCGACGACUCCCGGGAUCUCGUCGUCAAGGUCAAAUAUGGUGACACUUUGAAGCGAUUCAAUGCUCGUGUUAAUGGCUCACACUUCGAUCAUGAUCUGCCUGCCCUUCGGUUGAAGAUUGCAAGUGCUUUUAAGUUCAGUCCUGAUGCUGAAUUCAUUCUCACCUAUACUGAUGAGGAUGGGGAUGUCGUCAUGCUGGAUGAUGAUAAUGAUCUACGAGAUGCUGCUAUUAAUCAGAAAUUGAACCCUCUUAGGAUUAAUGUUCAGUUGAAGAGCAGCAAUGUUGGGGCAGCUCAGACAAAACAGCAGGCCACAAAUUCCAAAUCUUCGAGGUCCAUCUCUCUCGAAGAUCAACUUGCCCAGGUGAAAUCAGCUAUUGAUGAAGCUUUGAAGUUUGUGCCAGAGCAAGUCCCUGCUGUCCUUGCAAAAUUAUCUCAUGACUUGCGUUUUAGAGCUGCAUCAUCUGCACCAUCAUUGGCUGAGUUGCUGGACCGUUUUGCUAAACUGAUAACACGAGGCAGCAACAUGCAUCCUUCUUGUGGCUUUGCUGAUAGUUCUCAAAAAUUGAGAAGUGCAAAGGUUAAGCUUGAGUCUGCCCUUGUCACAGGUUCAGCUUCAGAGACCUCGAAUGGGCAAAAUUCUGGGAUAUCUGAAGCUGGUCUUAGGGGUGUGCUAUCUGAGGAUCCCAAUGCUAAAAUUGAACAGGUGCCAUCAUGCCCUUCAGUUAGGGAUUCACUGGUUUUUACUAGUUCAGGUGGAAUGAAAGGUGAUCACAAGAGAAGUCUUGAUUCUGAGAUUAAGAUAAAAUCUGAUGCUCACAGUAAAGGAAAAUCUGUAUUAUCCUCUUGGCCACCGGUUUCCACCACUUCUCAUGGCGCUCCUGCUCAAGGAUCUGUUCCUGUACCAUUUAAAUCUCUUGGAUCCAUUGGAAUGGCCAAUGGUGAUAUAAUGCCGCUAUUCCCUCCCCCACCAGUGUACCAACCUCCCACACCUGUACUCUACCCUCCUACACCAUUUUUGACCCCCUUAAACCCAAUCUCUGGAGCUAAUGGAAAAACUACUGUUGAUCUGCACUCAACGUUCCCCCCUCCACCCAACAUCUAUAGCCCUAUUAAGUUGAAUACACCUUCAUCUGUUGGUACAUGCUGUCCUAACCUCUACUCUACUGGGACUUCACACAGAGAUGGCACAGGCCCAUUGUCUAGUUAUGUACCCAAUCCAGAAGGCAUCAACUCUUUUGGGAGCUCUUACAGAGGUCUUGGUACCAAUUAUAGGGGCAACCCCCUAAAAUAUGCACAGCAUAGAUGGAUACAAUGCGAUGGAUGUGGGGUGACGCCAAUUGAUGGGCCUCGCUACAAGUCUAAUGUUAAAGAAGACUAUGAUCUGUGUGAUGCCUGUUUUUCUCACAUGGGCAAUGAGGUUGAAUAUACCAGAUUAGACGGUCCUGCUUCAAAAAGUAACAUGAAGAUCCUUGGGAAGGUUCCAGCAGUCAAAACUGACAGUCGCUUCAUCAAGGAUGUUACUGUCCCUGAUGGAACACCAAUGGCACCUUCAACUCUGUUUACCAAGAUUUGGCGCAUGCGUAACAAUGGGUUUAGCAAGUGGCCGUAUGGUACCCAGCUUCUCUGGGUUGGUGGAGAUCGCUUAACAUGUCUGAGUUCAUUCAGAUUAGCGAUUUCAGCAAAUGGGGGGCUAAAUCCUUGCGAAGACACUGAUGUUACUGUUGAUUUUCUUGCCCCUGCGAAGCCUGGUAGGUACAUAUCUUACUGGAGAUUGGCACUACCCUCAGGUCUGACAUUUGGUCAGCAGAUUUGGGUUCAUAUUGAGGUGGAGCAGCCUAUUCAAACCAGCGGCGGCAAACAGGCUGCUGCAAGAAACCGGAAUCAGCUCCCUGAAGCUAACAGCACAAGGCCUUCUGCAUUCAAUAUAAACAGUGCUCCUGUAAAUUUUUUGUCUGGAUGGCACGGCAGGCUUGAAUGUGAAACCAUGGAACCCAAGGAAUCUGAACCAGUUCCUAGUGAUAUGUCCUCUGCCCCAGCAGCAGUUGAACCGGCGCAAAUCCCAGUUACUGAUGCUCCUGCCUCAUCUGCCGAGGCUGCAUUGGCUUCGAUGCCUGCUGCUGUGCCUGCACCUGAAGCAAUUCUCCUGCCCAAACCUGUGCCUGUGCCUGCACCUGUUAGUGCAUCCGCACCUGCACCUGUUGCUGCUCCUGUUAGCAUGCCUGUGGUUGCAGCAGCACCUGCUGCCCCUUUGGCUGAGGAAGUCGUCAACCACCUGCUGGAGGAGAAGAUGAUGAGUGAGCUUGAGGUACUGGGUUUCAUGCAGGCUGACCUGAACAAGCAGAUACUGAGGCAGAACAACUACGACCUGGAGCAGUCUGUUGUCGAUCUCUGUGGCUUCAACGAGUGGGAUCCCCUUGAGGUGUUCUCUGAACUGGGUUCUGAUGACACAGUGAUGAGCGAGGAGGUGGUGGUUGACAACAGCGAUGACGAAGGAUUCAUCGUGGCGGACCUCAUGACCAAGGCGAAGAAGGAUCAGUGAUGGAUGACGACGUGUGCGGCAGUUCCUAGUAACCUUUCUACAGAUAGUGGUAUCAAAUAAGUAGACAGAAGUUAUAGAUUGCAGUGGCAUGAAAUAAGUAGACAGAAGUUAUGCGGUGUGCCCGAACCUUGUGGGAUGUGGCGGUUGCGUUGCGGUGCCGGUUAAUGAUCACCAGGGCACUGUGGCCUACGAGUGAUCGAUCCUUCUGCUGAAACAGCUAUAAGCUAGUGCCUGUUUGGAUCCAAGUGUUAAUGGGUAAAAGUGCUAAAGUUUAGCACCUCUAUGCAUUAGCACAUCCAAACGGGAGGGGAGGGGGCUAAUGGGAGGGUUAAACUUUAGUCCACCUAGCUGGUGGGGAGGGUGCUAUGAAAAGAUAAAAAGGUGAGAGGAAAAAUGUGAGGAGCUAAUGGGUGCUAUGAAAAGAUAAAAAGGUGAGAUAAAGAGCAAAAGUGAUAUUUUAUGGACUUUAGUCCUAUUCAUUGGUCAUAUCUAUAAAUAGGAGUGCUAAUGGGUGGAAGUGUUAAAUUUUAGUAGAUAGGUUAAAUUUUAGUAAUAGCAUAUCUAAUAAUAGCACAUCUAAACUACUCUUGGUAGUUGAAUUCCUUAUGCAUAAUAUUACCGUGGUUCUAUUACCUUUAA